ACUCCUGAGAGCAUUUUAUCUAAUCUAAUCAUCAUAGGGCUUCAACCGAUUCCCCCCAAACAUCCCAUUACCACUCCUUCCCUUGCUCACAAAGCCUUGUGAGGAAUUAGAUUCAUCUGCUGAACUUUGCUCAUUUGUCCCCCCUGUCUGUGUGGCCUACACCACUGAUGUUAAAUGUGGUAAUAUUUAAAUGUCAUGUUACCUCUGGAAACUGAGAAACAGUGCAACCCACAGUCCUUACUGAUUCUUUAGUAAGGAAGGAUGUUUCCAUAGGCCAUCAAUAGCAGAGAAUCACACCCACACCUGGCUUUGAACGCUAUUAAAACCUGCUGUGGAAGCAGAGGCUUUGUGGUGUUGUCUCACUACUUUGACCAUGAUGCUGUUGCCCUGGGGCACGUGCUCCAGGUCCUGAAGGAGCAGUCCCAUGAGGAAAGGGAGCAUGCAGAGAAGUUCCUGAUGUAUCGGAACAAGCGAGGGGGGCGUAUUGUCCUUCAGGACAUCCAGAAGCCAGAGCGGGAUGAGCGGGGGAACAGCCUGGAGUCCCUGCAGCUGGAGAAGACUCUGAACCAGGCCCUGGCUACUGAGAAGAAUGAUCCCCGGCUCUGUGACUUCCUGGAGUCUGAGUAUCUGGAGGAGCAGGUGAAGGCCAUCAAGCAGCUGGGAGACCAUGUCACCAACCUGAAGCGCCAGGGAGUGCCCCAGAACAGCAUGGGAGAGUACCUGUUUGACGAGCUCACCCUGGGGGAGAGCAGCUGAACUUCAUGGUGUAGAACCAGUCCACUGUACUGGCUCACCAGUGCAUAGUUGUAUUGCCUUAUUUGCAAUGUAUGAGAAUAAAAUAUGGUGCUCA